AACCUCUGCAGUAAGAGAGAGAGGGAGAGGGAAAGGGGGAGUGAGUGAGAGAGAGACAGAGAGGAGAGCAGAGCGGGAGAUAGAGAGAUACCAGGAGUGUGAUGUUCGCACUCCUAUCAAGAGCAGAGAGGCAGAGUUGGUGAAAUCAGGACUUGUCUUUACAGCCACGGUCCGUACGAAGAGAAAAGAAGACAACAAAAUGAAAAAUCUGACAAGCAUCCCUGGCAGGAAUAAUCUCUGUGGAUUUGUUUUUCUCUGUUCAGGACUGAGGAAAGUGAUGGAGAAGAAGGAACACAUGUAAAAUGUUUGACUGCUGUAUGCUCAUCAGUAUUCAAACGUAAUUCUUGGAUUACGGAUGGAAGCAUCAAGCAGCAGUUUGCAUCAGUCGACCUGAAUUGUUGAAGAGCUGCCAGGAGAGAGAGAGAGGACAGCAUGGCUCUGGAACAUCUGUGUUUACCCUGCAUGGUCACAUUGUGAGGACGGUGCAGGAUUGGAAGACAGACGCAUGAUGCCUUGUGCAGUGGCUCACGUCCAAUCGCCAACCGGGAUCUUUGUGAUAAUCAACAUCUCUGGUGAUGUCACUUCCACAAGCUUCUAAUGAAGAUGACCUACGAGUAACGUGCGUGUCGACCCCCCCGCUGCUGAUCACGUGUCGUGAUGACUGCGCUCUACUAAUUUGCACCGCUGACUGAGGGGUCAGCAUGUUGAAGGGGUUAAACUGGAAACCUGAGCUGGGUUUACAAGUCAGUGGCAGAUGGAGUCAGGCCGACAGAGACUAAUGAGAAACAUAGAGAGGGAAGGCCUGUUUGAUUACACAUCCCACGGGAGACACGUGCCUGGACAUUUCCUGGACGCAGUGACCUCUCCUGGACAAAUUCUGGACAAUACCGUGGUGCACAAUGAGGAAUGGACACAGCCAGCUGACAAAAUCUUCCUGUUGGAUUAAAAGCUGAUGGAUAUUGUUUUUGUUUAAUAUUUGUAACCCUGACUGACUGCUCGUGAGGAUAUGGACUGGAACAUGCACAGUAUAUUCUGGCCCAUAGCAAAGGAAAGACUCUGUAUCACACUGUGGUGUUGGUUGGCUGUAUCUUGCCUGCCUGGGAAUAUCAUGAGAUUAUAAGCAGGAAGUUGUUCCAACAUCUUAUCCCGUUUCCGCUUAUCUGUCAGUGCCGUCACCAUUACCAAAGCAAACACACCUGCCUGAGAGAAGAACACAGAAAAGGUCUGCAGAGGGCAUUAGCCUUUAGUCCAUCUCCUCCAGAGACUGCAGGUGGCUCAUUCCCAAGCAUUCUUGCAAUGACAAUGAGAAAAAAAAUAAAAACCCGGAAGCCUGUAGUUAAUCUUUGGGGAGACAGACAGGUGUUGUUCUGGCUGUCAGUCUUACUGGGACAAACAAGCAGUGAACAGAAAACCCUCGUUGGAGGCUCUGUGUGAACGUAAACUUUUCCUUUGGCUAAGUUUGGAUGUGAUGCUCGUCUCUGUGGAUCUAACAUGGACUCUGUGGCCUGAUUUCACAGCCCUGGUAUUCAGAUAGUGCUGCAGGGAAGGGAUAAUGCAUAUCCUUCCCGGUCUGGAAGAAGAAGCCACCAUGAGCAACGUUACAGUCACCGACAACACUGAACCCAUCAGCCGCACCAUGAGUCCGGCGACCCCCAGCCUUUAUCCCUAUCCCGUCAGCUUCCAGGUCUCCCUGACUGGCUUCCUCAUGCUGGAAAUCAUCCUCGGCCUGAGCUCGAACCUCACUGUACUCGCCCUCUACUGUAUGAAGUCUAACCUCAUUAGCUCUGUCAGUAACAUUGUCACUGUGAACCUCCACGUGUUGGAUGUGCUGGUAUGCGUGUGUUGCAUCCCCCUCACGAUUGUGGUGGUGCUGCUCUCUUUGGAGGGAGACACUGCCCUCGUUUGCUGCUUCCAUGAAGCCUGCGUUUCCUUUGCUAGUGUUGCUACUGCUGCUAAUGUGCUUGCCAUCACGCUUGAUCGUUACGACAUCUCAGUCAAACCGGCCAACCGGGUGCUGACCAUGGGCCGUGCCCUAGCCCUCCUGGCUGCCAUUUGGGUGGUGUCUUUUGUUAGUUUCCUUGUGCCAUUUAUCGAGGUGGGUUUCUUUUCCCAGGGUAACUCUGAACUAAACCAGACAGUGGUGGAGACUGUGGUCCAUACAAACCAAUAUUACACAGAACUUGGCCUCUAUUACCACUUACUAGCUCAGAUACCAAUUUUUUUCUUUACUGCAAUUGUUAUGCUCAUCACCUACUCAAAGAUCCUCCAGGCUCUCAACAUUCGCAUUGGCACUCGUUUUCAUGGUUCACAAAAGAAGAAAGCUCGCAGAAAAAAGCGCCCAUCGAUGACUGCCAUGACAACACAGCAAGAAGUUACAGAUGCAUCCCAGAGCAGCGGAAGCCGUAACCCUACUCUAGGAAUGCGCACCUCUGUUUCUGUCAUUAUUGCCUUGCGCAGGGCUGUUAAACGCCACCGCGAAAGGCGGGAACGCCAAAAGAGUUUCAGGAUGUCCCUCUUAAUUGUGUCUACCUUCCUUCUUUGCUGGACACCCAUCACUGUACUCAACACUGUUAUCCUGACCUUAGGCCCCAGUGACCUGAUGGUCAAGCUGAGACUGGGCUUCCUGGUCAUGGCUUAUGGGACCACUAUCUUUCACCCACUACUGUAUGCUUUCACUAGGCAGAAGUUCCAAAAGGUCUUGAAAAGCAAGAUGAAGAAGAGAGUGGUGUCAAUCAUUGAGGCAGAUCCUACACCCAAUAACGCUAUUAUACACAACUCCUGGAUUGACCCCAAAAGGAACAAAAAGGUGACUUUUGACGAGAAAGACACCAGGCAGAAAUGUCUCUCUUCUGAAGAUGUGGAGUGAAAGAACUUGCAUCUUAGUGAAUAAAAGCAGCUAAAACCUAUAUCAGGUCAUGGUGAAAAAGGGAAAAUUUUAAUCCAAAGCAGUGAUGCAAAUAAUGUGCAAUAGAAUGUACAAAAUAUGGUGGAUAAUUUAUUACUAUUUAUUGAGAAGAAAAGUCGAUUUCAUAGAUAUAACAUAUACUGUAUUGUAGAUAGUGCAUGGCUUUUUGUUAAAACACAGUACAUUGUGUAUACAAAACAUGUACAGUUUAGGAAAAACAACACAACUAUCUAUCCAUCUGUAUAGAUCUUAUAUAGAUCUACAAAUGUAUAGUGAGAGAAAGUAGGAAUGUUAAGUAUAUUUAUAAUGCAGCAAAAGGCUUCCUAUUCCCCCCUCCCUCAAGUAAAAUGUUUGUGAAUCUGUAACAGCUGUGAGAUUGCUCCCAUUUAUCACCCUGCCACUUGUUCCAAUGCCAGAACCUGCAAUUCCCAGUGACUGCUGACCUUAUUGCACAGCAGCCCUCUGAGGGAAGGUUUACAGUCUGCAAUAAGACAGUCAGUGUAUAAGGAUGUCAUAAAGACAGAUUAAAAGUAGAUGCAUAGAAAAUGAAAGACAGACCAACAUGAUGUAUAUAUAGUGUUACUGUAGCUCAGAUGUUUUAACAUUACUGGCAACAAUCACUGCAUUUAGGGAUAAGGAACUGUUGUAUUCCACAAUUGUACACUGUCAUGUAGUUUGACAUAAUCCAGAUGUAAUCGGAAACAAGUCUGUUUUACUUUAACGGCCAGUUCUUUGAGCCAAAUGGAAACUCUACAGUUGCCUUAUUUUGGUACGAUAAAUUCAAUGCAGCGCCAUUGGUGGGACAGGAACUGAGACAGACGAGCACAUAUGAAACAGGAACAACAGGAACAAAUAUUGUUUUAAUUCUCACAAA